AGUCUAUACGUUCCUGCUCAGUUAUACGACCGAGUGUGAGCAAGUCGAGUCACCAUGCCUCAACAAGUUUUCCUGUUCUUGCUGUGUCUUCUACCAGUGUACUGUCACUGGGGUCAUCAUGGCCAUUCCGGCCACCACGGUCACCCUUUCCAUCACAACCAUGGGUUCCGUCAUAAUCCUGAGUUCCAUCAUAAUCCUGGGUUCCAUCACACCCCUGGGUUCCAUCACACCCCUGAGUUCCAUCACCAUCAUGGUUUCCAUCACCCACCAAGCUUUCCUGGUCCGCACAAUUUUCCACCCAAUCAUCAUCCUUUCCACCAUCCCCAUCAUAAUCACAACUUCCCUCACACCUGGGAGUACCACCAAGUUCACGGGUUCAUUCAUCCGUGGCACACCACACCGACACCUGCUACCACCAGCUCGACAACGGUGCCAACCACAACUACUGUGAAGACAACUACCCCUCAACCUGAUCCCUUCGACCAGAUACACUGUGACCUUAACGAUAUCUAUGAGGAUCUUCAAUAUUACUGCCAUAAUACCACAAGGGAAACCACUGGUAGAGACAGCUAUCGCAUCAAUGUGCCUCUCAAAGGGUUUCAGAAGGAAGAUAUCCAGGUGAGAAUGAAGCACCGGGUGGUGUCCAUCACAGCGUCUGGUAAUGACGGAAGCUACCAAGAGCUGGUCAUAGCACCGACGUUUGUGGACCCUCAACAUGUGAAAUGGGUAUACGAUGGUGUGGCUUUAAAUGUAAACUUUUUGAAGGUACAAAUAUAGAUUAUAACAGUUUAAUGAUUAUUGUGAAGGAACUUCAUUAUAGCUGGGUAUUUUGUGUUUUGUAUCAAAUUAAUAAAUAAACAUUCAUUAUG